AUUUACUGCCAUCAAGCAGAUGAAAUAUAAUAUAUAUAAUAGAUAAUGUUAACAUUAUAUGUCUAAAGAUCAUCUAAUCAUACUUUUAUUAUUGAACAUUAACAUAAAAAAAUUUGAUUGAAUUGUCUGGAUUUUAGUGGUUAAAACAAAUUUUGAAGAUACAAUCCUAAGAACUAAAAUAUUGUCAACAUGCAGAGGGCAUAUUGUAUGGUUUAUGCGUUGAUUUUAAGUAUUUCGUUUGCAUUUGCAGACAAUUUAUCAGCGAAUUGGUCGUCCGAUGAUGACACGUUACCGGAAGUGCUACCAAAAAAGAUGCGUGACAAAAGCGAUGACGAAAUUCAAAAAGCUGUUUUUCAAGCAUACGAAAAUCAACUUAAAGUGAUUUCUGAGUACAGUGGACACAUAUUGGAUCCAGCAUCUCCUUAUGGAUUCUUCAAGGACGAAAUGCCAAUUUCGAAUGCAAGGACUUCUAAUCCACAAUCUGAUCUCAUAUUUUACAAUAAUGCUAUUAGAGGGUUUAUUGGGUACAACAAAAACAGUAUUAUCAUUAAAUGGGCUCUGAAUCAGGUCGUUACAGAAUUAGGAUGGAAAGAAAUGAGCGUUAGAGGAAGGUACACUUUCAUGAAUUCUUCGUAUUUUGAUCAAGGAAAGUACCAUAUCCAAUUACAAGAUUUAAAAUAUCUUGCUAGUACUACGCUUUCAGAAAACACCGAAUCGUAUCCAUCGACAGUACCAAAAUCUAGCAUUUCAUACAAAAGUGUCAAAGUUUCAUUCACAGGUGGUUUACCAGAAAUAUUAAAGACUAGUGAUUCUUCUAAUGUGAAGCACUUCAUUGAAGACAUCGUAUUCCAACAAGUAGCCGAUCGCGUAGUUAGGGACACGCACAACAAUAUAACUGUGGCCAUACGUCAAGUCAUCAAACCAUAUAUUAUAUUCAAGAACGACACAGAUCCAAACUUUCCAGGUACAAACGGAAAACUUCCCAACAGUAGCGUAGGAUAUAGCAUCAGCAACACUGUCAUUAGUGGCUUUGCUAAUGCGGAACACAAAUUGAAAAAAAUUACUACAAAAAUGGCUACCAACACGGUUACUGCUGAUUUACGUAUAACGAUCCAUAGUUUAGACGGUAAAUUCGACUUUAAACUCGAGGAGAGUAAGCCUACCAUCGGAAAAGCAACAUUCGCUGUCAGCAGAAUUGAUGUCAAUAUAUCGUUCAAUAUGCUUAAGCCUGUCGAAUGUAAGACUGAGGUGGUAGUUAACCAGCCGAAUGUUAAAUACAGUACAAAGUUGUCGGCUGACAUUGAAAAAACAUUGACUAACGCGUUCAUCGACAAUGUUAAAAUCCAAUUAAACACAAAUAUUUGUAAGGCUUUGGGCCAGAUGAUCAAGUCUGGAAAAUAAAAAAAAAUCCUAUUUCA